GCCGCCGCCGCCGCCGCCGCCGCGGAGGAGGAGGAGGUGGUGGAGGAGGUGGCUACUGCGGUCGCCGAGGAGUCCCUUGCUGAAGGCGGACCGCGGGGCGGCGGGUGGCGCGCGCGCGCCCGAGAGGCGGCUGUUGGAGAAGUGGAGCGGCGGUCGCUGGGGGAGGAGGAGGAGGAGGAGGGACUGAGCGGCAGCGGCCCCCGCGUCCCGGUGCCUCUAUGGGGGAAGCAGACAAUGGAUUAUGAUUUCAAGGCGAAGCUGGCGGCGGAACGGGAGCGGGUGGAGGAUUUGUUUGAGUACGAAGGGUGCAAAGUGGGACGCGGCACCUACGGGCACGUCUACAAGGCGAGGCGGAAAGAUGGAAAAGAUGAAAAGGAGUAUGCAUUGAAGCAAAUCGAAGGAACAGGAAUAUCCAUGUCAGCUUGUAGAGAGAUUGCAGAUAGUGACCCCUCUCCCUCUUGUAUUCAGCUUUUGCGGGAAUUGAAGCACCCUAACGUGAUCGCCUUGCAGAAGGUGUUUCUGUCGCACAGUGACAGGAAGGUGUGGCUGCUGUUUGACUAUGCAGAACAUGACUUGUGGCAUAUUAUUAAGUUUCACCGUGCAUCGAAAGCAAAUAAAAAGCCCAUGCAGUUGCCAAGAUCUAUGGUUAAAUCAUUACUUUACCAGAUUCUUGAUGGUAUCCAUUACCUCCAUGCAAACUGGGUGCUUCACAGAGAUCUGAAACCAGCAAAUAUCCUAGUAAUGGGAGAAGGUCCUGAGAGGGGGAGAGUCAAAAUAGCUGACAUGGGUUUUGCCAGAUUAUUCAACUCUCCUCUCAAGCCACUAGCAGAUUUGGAUCCAGUAGUUGUGACGUUUUGGUAUCGGGCCCCAGAACUUUUGCUUGGUGCAAGGCAUUAUACAAAGGCCAUUGAUAUAUGGGCAAUAGGUUGCAUAUUUGCUGAAUUGUUGACUUCAGAACCUAUUUUUCACUGUCGUCAGGAAGAUAUAAAAACAAGCAAUCCCUUUCAUCAUGAUCAACUAGAUAGGAUAUUUAGUGUCAUGGGGUUUCCUGCAGAUAAAGACUGGGAAGAUAUUAGAAAGAUGCCAGAAUACCCCACACUUCAAAAAGACUUUAGAAGAACAACGUACGCCAACAGCAGCCUCAUCAAGUACAUGGAAAAACACAAGGUCAAGCCUGACAGCAAAGUGUUCCUCUUGCUUCAGAAACUCCUCACUAUGGAUCCGACCAAGAGAAUUACCUCAGAGCAGGCUCUGCAGGACCCCUAUUUUCAGGAGGACCCCUUGCCAACAUUAGAUGUGUUUGCUGGCUGCCAGAUUCCAUAUCCUAAACGGGAAUUCCUAAAUGAAGAUGAACCUGAAGAGAAAGGUGAUAAGAAUCAGCAACAGCAACAGAACCAACAUCAGCAGGCCACAGCCCCUCCACAGCAGGCAGCAGCCCCUCCACAGGCGCCCCCGCCACAGCAGAACAGCACCCAGACCAACGGGACUGCGGGAGGGGCCGGGGCUGGGGCCGGGGGUGCCGGAGCAGGGCUGCAGCACAGUCAGGACUCCGGCCUUAAUCAGGUGCCUCCAAACAAGAAACCACGGCUAGGGCCUUCAGGCGCAAACUCAGGCGGGCCUGUCAUGCCGUCAGAUUAUCAGCACUCCAGUUCUCGCCUGAAUUACCAAAGCAGCGUUCAGGGAUCCUCUCAGUCCCAGAGCACACUAGGUUACUCCUCCUCUUCCCAGCAGAGCGCGCAGUACCACCCAUCUCACCAGACCCACCGGUACUGACUGUCCUGACGGCCGCCGCAGCCCAGAGCACAGGCUCCAGCAAUGUGAUGUCUGCAUUGAGAAGAACCAAAAAUGCAAACUGUGAUGCUGUUUACAACUCAUCCACUUAGGAGGAAAACUAGAUCCUGAGCAUCUUGCAGGACUGACUGAUGUCUCUUCUUUGUUGACUUAAAGAAGGUUUUUGUGAAGUUUCCCCAGCACCCUUCCCCUGCAUGUGUUCCAUUGUGACUUCUCUGAUAAAGCGUCUGAUCUAAUCCCAGCACUUCACUUCUGUAACCUUCAGCAUUUUUUUUGAAGGAUUUUCUGGUGCACCUUUCUCAUGCUGUAGCAAUCACUAUGAUUUAUCUUUUCAAAGCUCUUUUAAUAGGAUUUUAAUGUUUUAGAAUCAGGACUUCAGUGGUGUAUGGUUUUAUACUUCAUGAACUGACCUAGCAAUGGAGGGAAAAAUGCACCUUUUAAAGCACUACGUUGUCUUCACAGAAUAUAACUGUUUUGCUCAUGGAAGUCUUAAACAGAAACUGUCACUGUCCCAAAGUACUUUGCCAUUAUGUUUUUAUUUAUCUAGUUUUCAGGGAAGGUCUAACAAAAAGACAAGCGGUGGGACAGAGGGACCCUACAACCAAAAACAGCCUAGAUCUUUGCAGUUACUAUGCUUUAUGCUAUGAAGACCUGAAGUGUGUGGUAAUUUUUGUAUAAUCAUUCAUAUGGAACUUAGUUCCCAGAAUCAUCUUCUUCUGAGUAGUAUUCAGUAAUUAAGAAUUAUAAAUUUAACCUUCAUGUAGCUGAGUCUACCUUAAAAAGGGUUGCAAGAGCUUUGAUGAACUACAGUCCCUCUGGUGACCCACACCAGAAAGCUGAAGGGAAUAUUAACUGCACUAGGAUUUCUUUAAGGAGUCAUGUUGAUCAAAGGAUGUAUUACUUCCCUUUGAAGGAAAAGCUUUUAGUGUGUAUUGUACAUAAAGUUGGCUUCUCUGAAGAACUGUUGGUUUCUUCACAUGUGGGUCAGCUUGAGUAACUUUCUUACAUAAUCAAGGAUACUCAAAUAGAAGCCUGCAAAUUAAUCUGCUUUUAAAAUAAAGGGCAGUGUUCUCCAUUCAUAUUUGCAUUAGGUAUAGAGUGACUAUUUUUAAAGCAUGUUAAAAAUUUAGGUUUUAUUCAUUUUAAACUAUGUGCUGUGUAUGCAUCAUUUUGCUGUUGUUAACUGAAACUUAAUUCUAUCAAGGAUCUUUUCAUUGCACUGAAUGCUUUCUUUUGCCCCUAGGAGAAAACUAAUAAUUGUGCCUAAAAAUCUACGGGCAGAUAGUGUAUGACUAUACUAGAUAAAGUGCAUAUUUGCAUUUCCGUGAUCUAUGAAUUAGAGGCCGAGUCCUUUCUCAGCCAGUGUAAGGAACCUCUCACUCCCCAGAGUCACAGGACAUGUAGACAUAGAGUUCCCAUUGUAAUGUAAGGGAAAGAAAUUUGUGUUCUUCUGAAUGCUACUAGCAGCACCAGCCUUGUUUUAAAUGUUUUCUUGAGCUAGAAGAAAUAGCUGAUUGUUGUAUAUGCAAGUUAUAGGCAUUUUUCUUUUUACUAUUCUUUAUGAACUUAUCUACCUGGUUAUGAUACUCUGGGUCCAUACGCAAGUAACAUAAGAUUUCAGACAGAAGCCAGUAUACAUUUUGCACUAUUGAUGUGAUACUGUAGCCAGCAAGGACCUUACUGACUUCAGCAUAAUAAUGCUUAUUAAUAACAAAGACUAUAUAGUGACACUCACCAACACUGAAGAUGAAACAGUUGACGUGCUCCAUUGGAAGGAAUUUCUGAUUGUCUCCAUGGUAAUUUACCCCUUCCAUUUUUUAAAAUGAAAAAAUGAAUAGCCCUCUGCAUAAUGUAGCUACAUGUAUAAAGUUCUAUCCUGUGCCCUGAAGCCUCACUGUCCAGAGUCAUUGGUUUUCAGAUGCUCACUGCAUCCUCACCAUGUGCCCAGCGCCGUGCUGGGUGGAAGAUACAAAGGACAAGCAUACUUCCUGUCAACGUAAGGAGCUUCUGAUCCAUUCCAUGCGAGGAUGCUCUUCUGGGGUGACUGGCUUCUAAGUGAAACCACCUGAGAACAUGAAGGUCCUUUUGUUUACUUCCAGUUCCACUUGGAUAGAGUUACUAUUCCAAAUUCUGCUCUAAGAAACUGUGUUAUGGAGAGGCUCCUAUGUCUGUCUACCUUCCAGAAAGCCAGCGAUGAAGUAUCACAGUGGGCAUUAAUGUGUAUUUGAAAUGUUCACAGCAGCCUUUGUACAAUUGAGUGGCCCUUGGUAGGCAGAACACACUCUAUUAAGUGGUUGCAGGAAAUCAGAAUGAAAAUAGAAGCUCUGUCCUGCCCUCAAGGGGAACUUACAUUUAUGUAAUGAAAGACAUACCCCAAACCUGUGCAUGAACCAAAAUGCCGUGCCCCUACAUACUUUAUAAGCAACUUUGAUAUCCAAUUCUUGUGAUGUGCUUACAUGACCACAGGACUACCCUGCAUUCCCUGUAUGGAGUGAAUUUUACCGGCAGAACUGAUAGAGAAACUGUAAGGGGAUGUCAUCCGUUGUUCCCAGUACAUGGUUCUCCAGGAUAUAGCCAGUUAUCCCCAUUACAUUCGUGACUGGGUUCCUGGUCACUGUGCUGGUACUGGCUUUCUCCUCCUGUGUUCCUGCCUCAGAAUUGGUGAUCCCCACUGGUGCUCCGUAUGCUCUGAAAUCAUUUGGUUUAUCAUUUCCUUUUCCCCCCCGUAAAGGGGAACAAAGCCUUUAACACACAUCUGGGCCCUAAAACCAUGGGCCCUCAAAGGAGAACUGUGAAGCUUUUCGAGGUUAAAAUUUACCUUUGUGAUCCCCAAAUGACCACACUCCUCUUUGAAAAGUUAAUUGCUUUCGUUCCCUGAAAAUGCAAGGCAGGACAUCCGUCAAUACGGGCACACCCAAACCAGCAGAGGUUCCUGAAAGGAAGGAAAGAACCAAAGUGAAGGUUUUCUGCUCUCCAUAUUACAAAUCAGGUCGAGUUAGCUUUCUGGUGAGGUGUGUGUUUGGAAGAAGGGCUUCUCGAGUUUCAGGUCAGCUGAGCUCCAGGGUAAGGUAGCCUGACGGCGGGGCAGAUAUGAUGAGGCUGAACCAAUCCUUGUGAUGAAGUGAUCAUGCGGUAACAUACAAAAACCAAGGACAUGUAUAUUUUUAUAUCUGUGUGGUUUUAAAACUUUAGUACUUAGAAUUUUGACCUUCUGCACUACUCUAUUGCUCUUGUAAACAUAAUUUACAUCCAAGAAUGGAAAGGGAUGACAUUUACCUAUGUUCUCACUGCCUCAUUCCUGGUGAAGCGCCUGCUAGUUGUAUGCCUCUAAACUGAUGCUGUUUCCUGUGCUAAAGGUGAAAGAAAAGAAAAACAAAAAUAGUUGGACAAUAAGACUUGCAACUUAAUCUGCUUUGAAUAAAUUUAUGUAGCAGAAACUAUACAAUGAAGGAAGAAUUCUAUGAAAAUUGCAAACCCUAAACUUUAUCUAUGGUGAUAUCUUUAUAGGGAAUGGAGGAAGGCAGUGAAAUGGCAGUUAGAGUAAAGGAGGCAUCAAGGGUUCCAGUAUAAGUAAUAUUUUAUAUAAAACGUAGUUUAGGUCCCCAUAAUCUUCAAGAAUAGUCACAAAUAUCAUAAAGCAAAGUUCAUUGUUUUAGGAUUUUUGAAAAAUAUGUUGUACCUAAGGCCAUAUUUACUCUUCUAUGCUAUCACUGCAAAGGAGUGAUAUGUAUGUAUUAUAUGAAAAAAAAAUCCUUAAUGCACUGUUAUCUCCUAAAUAUUUAGUAAAUUAAUACUAUUUAAUUUUUUUAAAGAUUUGUCUGUGUAGACACUAAAAGUAUUACACAAAACCUGGACUGAAGAUGUCCUUUUUAACAACAAUUUAAAGUACUUUUUAUAUAUGUUAUGUAGUACAUCCUUUCUAAACUGCCUAGUUUGUAUCUCCCAUAAUUCCUGUUGUGAAGUGUACCUGUCCUUGUCUCUCUUUUCAGUCAUUUCCUGCACGCAUCCCUCUUUCCAUAAUUACAGAGAUGACUGUUUGCUUUCCACACUCUGCUGCCAAGCUGUGCGCUCAGAGCCGGCCGCACCCCAUUAAGGCUUGCUCCGUGUGGUGCAGAGCAAGCUGCUGCUUUGGAGCCGAGUGUUUCCUCCCGCUUUUGCAUUGUCCUGGCAUCCUUCUUGAAAUGACUGUUAAAACUAAAAUAAAUUACAUUGCAUUUAUUUUAUAUUCUUGGUUGUAAUAAAAUUUAAUUGACUUUG